AACAGAAUAGAUCAAAUUUACAGAAUAGAAAUCAAUACAAAAAUAUAUUGGAGCUCUGCCUCCUUCUUCCUUCCUUCCCCCUCUUCCAUGUGUAAGAGUUAAGGUUGAGCUAGCGUUAAGAUUUGGGUUCUAUCAGAGAAAGACAGAGAGAGAUCUCCUCUUUCAUUCUGCAUUGCCCACUUUGUAGUGGACGAGGUAAUCUCACCAGUUAUUUAUCAAAUACCCAGAAUUCAGAUUUUGCAGAUUUUCUUUAAACCUUUGAAUCCACUCUCUUUUGCCCUUUUGAUCGAUAUUCCCGAAAUAAAAAUUGAAAUUUUAAAGUGGGUCGAUUCUCUUUUCUUUUUUCUUUUUCUUCAAGUUUUGAAUUUUUACCCUUAAUUUUUUGUUUGAGGAGAGGGAUUAGGGUUUUUGGUAGUUGGUGUUUCCUUUCUUGGUGGGUUUUCUAGGGUUUUGUUGGAUCGCAACUGGGUACUGCUCCAAUUCUGCAGUUUUGGACUAAUUAGGGCAAGGAACUGAGUAGUAUUGGGAUCAUCGCGGCCCUGCAUCUAAUGAGCAUAAGCUCCGAUCUUUCGGGGAAUGGAAUUGUGGAUUUGGCAGUGCUGGGUGAGUACAUGAACUCAGAGAUUGCAUCGAAUUAUGGAAAGUGUUGUUUUUCUGAGCAUGGAAGAAGAUUGCACAUAUUGAAUUGGGUACAGGAGUGAUCAGAGACUUGCCGAAUCGUUAUUUUGGAGCAAGGGGCUUCUGGGUUUUUGCAGCUUUUACACGCUUGAUCUUCAGCUGGGAAUCAAUUUCGUUUUGGUAUUUGGUAGUAAGGGGUAGCUGAUAUAUUGGAUAUAUUGUAUUGGCCCAUAAGGCAACACAGACGAUUAGGUUGUGGUGGACUGUUUUUUGUUUCUCAAAAAACCAUUCUGGUUAGCUUAGUUUGAACAACAUUCUUGGCAGAAAAGCUUUUGGAGUAGUUAGUUCAGAUUUGUGUUGCAGUUGUUUACAUUGAGGUCAUGCUUGUGCUGAGCCUUGAUUUUUCAAGUGAAUUUGGUGUGAUAUCUCAUUGACGUGCCUGCACAUCUGUGUAAAAAGGAUUAAAGAACUGGUUGAAGUGACUGAGAAGCUAAUGACGGAUUUUUGAUGCUGGGAAUGAAUGCGGGGACAUGGUGCAUGGACAGGAGCAUAGUUGCUGGUUCGUUCCCCUUCUGGAACAGUGCUACUGGAAACUAAUUUUUUCUUCAUUGGAAGAUACUGGUUUUUGGUACUGUCGGGCUUUAUGCAAUGUCGCGCUGCUUUCCAUUUCCUCCACCUGGAUAUGAAAAAAAGACUAGGACAGAUGAUGUGGACUUGCUGAAAAAGGAUAUGAUUGAUGGCUGGGAAACUGGAGAGUAUGGAUAAUUGUUAUCUGUAUUCUGCUUUGGACACUGCGUUGGAAGUUAGCUAUGAACCAAAGAAGUUUCCUUGUAUUGCUUCUCCUUUAUCUUGGUGAUAACGGCUUUUUGAUGAUCAGUCUUUUAUUGUUGGAGAAGCACAGAGAAAAGAAGCAUAAAAAGGAAAAGAAGGACAAAGAGAAGAGAGAGAGUAAAGAUAAAAGUGAAGGAAAGCAUCGGGAAAAGAAAGACAAGAAGGAAAAAAAGAGAGACAGAAAGAAGGAUAAGGAGAAAGAUAGGGACCCGGUUAAGGACAAAACAAGUACUGCAGACGAGAAGAGAGUUCCAGGAAAGACCGAGGGUCAUGGUGAAGAGAGAUACAUUCAGAAAGAGUACAAGGGCAACUGUUUUGACAAGAGAUCUGCAGGGCAAAUUGGAUGUCAUCAGGCAGAGAAACUCAGUCAGUACUGUCAUCUGGCUGAGCAAAACCAGAACUCUGUAUUGGUGGAGUUGGGUAGGAGUAAAGAUGAGGCCGGGGCAAUUGGUAACCAUCUGGUUGGGAAGAUUACUGAAUCAGACCGAAAGAAGGAUGAGGGGAUGGUCAGAUUGCUGGCCGAGGGUACUGACAUUUUGGCUGAAGUUAAGGAAAAGAACAAGGACAGGAGAGUUGAUGACAGAAGGACAGAUGGGCAAGAAGUCAGGGGUGCAGCACAGAUUAGUGGGAACACGAUGGUUCAGAACCUUAUUGGUGUGGUUGAACCUAAAGUUGAAGGACUUUCCAGACCAUUGGCAAGCAACAUGGAUAGAGACAUUGAUGGAAAAGAAAAGGCCAAAGAGAAGGAAGGUGACGAUAAACGAGGAGAAAAACGCAAGGAAAAAGAUAGAGAGAAGAAAAAACAAGGGAGAGACAAGGACAAAGAUAAAGAGAAGAAAAAGGAAGCGAAAGCAAAGGAGAAAAAUGAAUCUAAGAAUGCAGAGCCAAACAAAGAGAAGAAAAAGGAAGAGAAAGCAAAGGAGAAGAAUGAAACUAAGAAUGCUGAGCCUGAUAAAUUAAGAAAGAGCAAUAAAGAGGAUCACAUAGAUUCCCGUAGUGUCAAAACCUCCCAACUUUCUAUGGACAGCAACAAAAGUGCUGGUGCUGAUGGAAAUCUGAAGAAAAGAAGGGACAUACAGAUGAAUGGAGUUGUGCAUGCCAAUGACAUUAGGCCCAGUAAACUGUCGAGACCCUCCUCUUCCUCUCAUUCAUUGCCUGUAAAUGGGAGAACACUGGAAUCUUGCCAAACUUCCAUCCCUUCCAUCCCAUAUGUUUCAGAUAGGCUGGGUGCUGCAAAUAACGUUAAGGUGGACGUUAAGGACAGCAAGAUAAAUGGCAUUGUUGAAGCUCCGUCAUUGGCUGUCUCCACUGCAAAGCCGACAUCUACAGCUACACAGGUUGUUCCUGUUGCUGAAGCAUGCAUGAGACCACCCCAUCCGGAUUCCAGAUAUCUAAGCCAUGUUUAUUUGGUUCCAAAGUUGGACGAAGUGCCUGAUCAUGACGAUCAAGAUUGGUUGUUUGGGUGCAGUGAUGCCCAAUCAAAGAAACCCAAGGUGGAAUUUCCAGGGUUCGAGGAGACACCUGAGGUAUGGUCAGAGGUUCUGCGGAUAGAGUCUGUUGAUGUUCAUGCCCUGCCGUAUGUCAUUCCAUAUUGAACAACUCAAAGGGCACACUUCACCUCGUACCUGUGGUGUGGGCAAACCCUUGAUAGGACCACACUAGAACAAAAGCUACAGAGGCGUCUGGGCACUUUCGACAGUAUAUGAGUUUUUAAGCUGCAUUCAUGUGAUCAGCAUUGUUGCAGUGACCAUGACUCAACACGUCUCAAACACGAAUGUCGUCACACGUCACGGGGACACACUCAACACGUAAUGGCGUGCUCGGGGACAGGGCUCACUAUUUGGAUUCAACGGGUGGUUUUCCCCAACGGCUAAUUCAUUCAAACGGAAAGUUUCAUAAACGCGACCAAGUGAAAUGGUUUGCGUAGAAAGGGAGAUAGAUAUAUAUCCAAGGCUUGUGCGUUUUUUGUUGUCAUUUGGUUAGGAGCUGAGAAGCUUAUCCUAAUUGAGCAUUUGAGAAAACUAGAUGUGGUAUAUUUGCAACCCCACCUCAAUUUUGAUUUGUAACAUAGAACAGCUAUUUUCAUAAAUUGUAUGAUAAAAGAAGGAAGGGGGAAAGUAGCUGCAUAAUUCGUUGGGCCUCUCA